UUUUCAUAUCAUCUCUUUUUCUCACACACACAAACAAACACACAUUAAACAAAAACUCACGAUCCAAAGAAGAAUCCAUGGCUAACGAAAUUGAAGCUCUCGCCGAUGCUCUAACAGGAUUUGGAGUGGAUGAGAAAACACUGAUUUCAUCUCUUGGAAAAUGGAAGGAAGAAGAUACUAGAGCUUUCAGAAAUGGAACCCAUUUCUUCUCUCAAGAUGAACGUCUCUUUGAAACCUGGAACGAUUUUCAUGUCGCCCAACUCAGACGGGAAUUCUUGCGUUUCAAUACUGCAAUGGUGCUUCGAGUUAUGCAUCCAUGGGAAAGAGAUGCUCGAUUACUAAAAGAUGCAAUUAUGGAUGGACCCAAAUCAUAUAAUGUGAUUGCAGAGGUGGCUUGUACUCGUUCAUCUGAAGAACUUCUUGGUGCAAGAAAAGCUUUUCAUUCUUUAUUCCAUAGAUCUCUCGAGGAAGAUGUUGCAGACACUGUUAAUGGUGUUGAACGAAAGCUUUUAGUGGCGCUUGUGAGUUCUUACCGUUAUGAAGGUCCUAAAGUGAAGGAAGCGACGGCAAAAGUAGAGGCGGAUAUACUACAUUCUGCUUUUACUAAGGGGGUUGGUGCUGGGAAGAGUCCGUUUGAGGAUGAUGAAGUUGUUAGGAUCCUUUCUACUAGAAGCAAAGUUCAUUUGAAAACUGUCUUUGGUUUUUAUAAGAAGAUUUCAUCCCAUAAUAUUGACGAGGACCUUGGUGAGUCGUGCUUAAAGGAUGCAGUACAAUGCUUGGAUCAUCCUCCCACAUAUUUUGUGAAGGUUUUGGAAGCUGCCAUGGAAAAGGGAGCAGAUGAGAACACAAAAGAAGCCAUACCAAGAGUGGUGACCACAAGGGCACAUAUUGACAUGAAAGAGAUCAAGGAUGAGUACUUAAACAAGCAUGGUAUCUCACUUCAUGACAAGAUUGGUACCAUAGCAAAAGGGAAUUUUAGGGAUUUCAUCCUUGCCUUAAUUGUUUUAGCUGAUUGAUUCACCCACUUCUUUUGUUAAGAAGUUGAUGAUGUUUUUGAGCUUUAUUUCUAUAUAUUUGAGAGUAUUUGAGUUGGUCAUAGUGGAUGGUUAACUGUGAUCACGAUGAAUGUUUAGUUAUUUCUCUUGUUUUAUGUAAUUUCGAGAUGGAUAAAUAAAAUGAUUUCAAUUGUUCUCAUA